AGCAUCGACCGUGAAGGUUUAGUUUCUUUUCGAAAUUUGCAAAUAGAACAUUCGCAAGAAUGAAACCACCAGGGAUUGUUUCUGUUACUGUGCUAUGGUUAUCUCUGUUUUUAGGAUCAGGUGAGAAAUACCUUUGUCUAAUUUAUUAAAUCACGACAGUAUUUAGUAUGCAGUCUAGCGUGCGCUACCGGGUUACCAAAUUUGUUAUUCUACCUUGGACAACCGAUUCAUCGAUGAUCAUCAUAUCUCUCGAUUCGCACGCGCAUUCGUAACACUUUCAAUCAUUUACCGGGGCGGUAUGCGUUCCCCAAGUGCUGCUACCCUAAAAAAUCGCCGUCAACUGUCAUUACCGACAUUAUAGGUUUCGGUGUGUUCGUUUAAUGAUCCUCAUUCUAAGCUCCAGCUUGUGCGACGGUUCCGACACAGUUCCGUCAGUGAUCUAUCUAGUGGCGCGAACUAACGACCAUCGUCAUUUACUUCGGCCUUCGGAUGAAAAGCUAUUACCACGCGGUCAAGUUCAGCGCAGUUCGGUGCAGCCAUACAAAAUGAUUGGACGAUCGAACCAGAUCGGACGACGACGACGGGUCGCGAGGAUUCUCCGCAGAAGAAAACAAUGCUUGAUUUCCUGAUUCCGUUUCUCUGUCAGCACGUGGUUAUGAGGAACAUCUUUGAUUUGAAAUGUAACAUGGACCAGCUGAAGAGCAUUGAUCCAAACUAUGGUGUAACGUGGAUGUUCCUGCCCGAUGACCAAGGUGUGCCGCACGUAGUGGACUUAACGACACCAAACGAUACAUCUUCGGAUGGAAAGAAUAUCUGGAGCGAUGUCAACGACCAAGUGACAUUCUAUAUGUAUAGACAAAAAUCCAAAGGAAGCCCAAUUGCCUUCAAGUUCAAAAACGAUCCCUCUGUACCACUGAAAUUUGCAAGCAACUACGACGCACAGCUUCCCACAAAAGUCAUCAUCCAUGGAUGGCGCAAUUCCGUCAGCAGCCCCGUUUGCCAGCAGAUUAAGGAUGCCUACCUGCAGCGACAAGAUAUGAAUGUUCUUGUGGUGGACUGGGGUCCCUUGGCUCAGGAUACCCUCUACUUCCGUUCGGCAUCCGCAACCAAAGAUGUGGGCCGUCAUGUUGGGUCGUUGAUUGACCGGAUGGUAGCCGAACGGGGCACCCGAUUGGACUCGGUACACAUCAUUGGGCACAGUUUGGGAGCACACACGUCGGGAUUCGCUGGAAGAGCAGUUAAUUCCGGGAGCGUUUCACGUAUAUCAGGAUUAGAUCCGGCACUGCCCGGAUUCGUGGACAUGCAACCGGAUAAGCUGCUCGAUCCGACUGAUGCGCGGUUCGUGGAUGUGAUUCACACUUGCUCUGGAAUGUUGGGACAUAACAAAAAUCUUGGACACGUGGACUUCUGGCCUAAUGGAGGUAGUGUAACGCAGCCAGGAUGUAAUGCAAUGGAAGACUUUACUGGGGCCUGCAGUCAUGGACGGGCAUACAUUUACUUCGCGGAGUCGGUAAAUAGACGAAACGCCUUUAUGGCUAUGCCUUGUGAAGAUAUGAACGAUUAUAAGAAUAAGCAGUGUCUUUCCAAUCCAAUACCAAUGGGUGAUGCUGUUCCACUAGCUGCGAGAGGUUCUUAUUUCUUGGAAACAAACGCAGAACCUGCCUACGGAAGAGGUUUCGAUAGGUAGAAAAAAAUGAAAGAUCUUGCUUUUCUGUUACGAUAAAUAGUUUAUAUAAAAUAGAUUAAAAGGUUAUGUAUAAGCUACUAAGUAGAAUAACACAUUCAUAAAAACGAUCAAAUCUUGUACAAAUCCAUUCGAUAUUUGGCUUUCAAUAAAUACGUCCAAUACAUGCA